AUUGAUUGAUUGGUUAUUCGCCAUUUUUUUUUGGUUGCCUAGGGGAGUCGAGUCUGGUUGGCUUCCCACCACCACCACCACCACCACCUCCUCUCCUCUUCUCUCCAGGCGCGCCGCUGUGCCCCUGUGCUCACCUCUCGUCGCGGUCGCCCUCGACGGUUCCACCACCCGCGGACCCCGCUCGCCGCCGCCGCAGCCGUGCGCGGAUCGCGACGACGCGAGGCGAUCGGCGAGCGGCCCGGGGGAGGGGAGGAGAUCGCCCGUCGGCGCCCCCCCGGCCCCGCCGAGCCGCGUCUCCUCCCGUCCGAUCGCGGGGCUUCCUGGGGCUUCAGUGUGCGCCACUUCUCUCGGGACGGGACGGGACGGGCGCGAUUGCGGCAGAUGAGACAUGGCUUCUAUGUUAAACAUUGUUAUAGGCUCUCAUGUCUGGGUGGAAGAUAAAGAUUCAGCUUGGGUUGAUGGUGAGGUCUUCCGGAUUGAUGGUAAAAAUGCCCAUGUUCGCACAACCAAGGGAAAGACGGUUAUUGCAAAUGUAUCAGAUAUACAUCCUAAAGACACAGAAGCACCACCUGAUGGAGUCGAUGACAUGACAAGGUUAUCAUACUUGCACGAGCCUGGUGUUUUAGAUAAUCUGGCUGUCAGAUAUGCAAGAAAUCUAAUCUAUACCUAUACCGGCAAUAUCCUGAUUGCCAUAAAUCCGUUCCAAAGGCUGCCUAAUCUUGUUGAUGUCCGAACUAUGGAAAAAUACAAAGGUGCAAACCUUGGGGAUCUAGAUCCUCAUGUAUUUGCAAUAGCUGAUGUCUCUUACAGGCAAAUGAUGAAUGAAGGAAGGAACAAUUCCAUUUUGGUCAGUGGUGAAAGUGGAGCUGGUAAGACUGAAACGACGAAACUGCUGAUGAGAUAUCUUGCAUAUUUGGGUGGGCGGUCUGGAACAGGAGGAAGGACGGUUGAACAGCAGGUUUUAGAAUCAAACCCAGUCCUUGAAGCUUUUGGGAAUGCAAAAACUGUUCGGAACAACAAUUCAAGUCGAUUUGGUAAGUUCGUUGAAAUCCAAUUUGACAAGAGUGGGAAGAUAUCUGGCGCUGCUAUUAGAACUUACUUGCUUGAGAGAUCUCGAGUCUGCCAAAUCAAUAGUCCAGAGCGAAACUACCAUUGCUUUUACUUCCUCUGUGCUGCGCCACCAGAGGAUAUAAAAAGGUAUAAGCUGGGGGAUCCAUCUUCAUUUCAUUACCUCAAUCAGUCGUCUUGCAUUAGAGUUGAUGGUAUCAACGAUGCUGAAGAGUAUCUUGUAACUAGAAAUGCUAUGGAUACAGUUGGCAUCAUUGAGCAAGAACAGGAAGCUAUAUUCCGGGUUGUUGCUGCUGUGCUGCAUCUUGGAAAUAUUAAUUUUGCAAAGGGGAGUGAGGUAGAUUCAUCUGUUAUAAAGGAUGACAAAUCUAGAUUCCAUCUUAAUACAGCCGCAGAGCUCUUGAUGUGUGACUGCAAGAAGUUGGAGAAUGCCUUGAUAAAAAGGGAAAUAAAUACACCAGAAGGAGUGAUUACUACUACAGUUGGUCCUAGUUCUGCUACUGUUAGCAGGGAUGGCUUAGCAAAACAAAUAUACUCUCGAUUAUUUGACUGGCUUGUAAAUAGAAUUAAUGCAUCGAUUGGGCAAGACCCAAAUUCGGACAAAUUGAUUGGGGUACUUGACAUAUAUGGCUUUGAAAGUUUUAAAACUAACAGUUUUGAGCAAUUAUGUAUCAAUUUCACAAAUGAAAAACUUCAGCAACAUUUUAACCAGAAUGUAUUCAAAAUGGAGCAGGAGGAGUAUACAAGGGAGCAGAUUAACUGGAGUUACAUAGAGUUUGUAGAUAACCAAGAUGUACUUGAUUUGAUCGAGAAGAAACCAGGUGGCAUUAUUGCACUUCUUGAUGAAGCUUGCAUGUUCCCAAAGUCGACACACGAGACAUUUUCCCAGAAGCUGUACGAAAAGUUCAAGAAUCACAAAAGAUUUACCAAACCAAAACUUUCUCGUACUGCGUUUACUAUCCAACAUUAUGCUGGAGAUGUGAUAUAUCAAUCUGAUCAUUUUCUGGACAAAAACAAAGAUUACGUGGUAGCAGAGCAUCAGGAAUUACUGAAUGCUUCCAGAUGCUCUUUUGUGUCUGCAUUGUUCCCCCCGGCAUCAGAAGAGAACACAAAAUCAUCAAAGUCCUCAAUUGCCACUCGCUUUAAGGUGCAACUUCAUGAACUGAUGGAGACGUUGAGCUCUACAGAGCCUCAUUACAUUAGAUGUGUAAAACCAAAUAGUGUUCUUAAACCUGCUAUAUUUGAGAACACGAAUGUUCUGCAGCAACUUCGAUGUUCGGGUGUUCUUGAAGCGAUUAGAAUCAGCUGUGCUGGAUAUCCCACAAGGAAAUUAUUUCAUGAUUUUCUUCAUCGCUUUCGCAUUCUUGCUUCUGAAAUUGUGAAAGAGAAAAAUGAUGAAAAGGUCACCUGCCAAAAGGUUUUGGAUAAAAUGGGGCUGCAGGGUUACCAGAUUGGAAGAACCAAAGUAUUCCUGAGAGCUGGUCAGAUGGCUGAAUUAGAUGCUAGAAGAACAGAGGUGCGGAAUAAUGCAGCAAGAGGUGUUCAGGGUCAGUUUCGUACUCAUGUUGCUCGUGAGCAGUUCCUGAUACUGCGUAAUGCAUCUGUUUGCUUGCAAUCCUUUGUUAGAGCAAGAUUGGCUUGUAAACUGCAUGAAUGCCUGAGACGAGAAGCAGCAGCAAUAAAAAUUCAGAAAAAUAUCCGCUGUUAUUUUGCAUGGAGAACUUAUUCUCAACUGCGUUUGUCAGCCAUUACAUUGCAGACAGGGUUAAGAACCAUGGCAGCUCUCAAGGAAUUCAUGUUUAGAAAGCAAAACAAGGCUACUACCCAUAUCCAGACCCAGUGGCGUUGCCACAGAGAUAACUCUAACUAUCUAAAACUGAAGAGAGCAGCAUUGACUUAUCAAUGUGCUUGGAGAAGAAGGGUUGCCAGAAGGGAGCUGAGACAGCUCAGAAUGGCUGCAAGAGAUACACAAGCUCUUAAGGUGGCAAAAGAGAAAUUGGAGGAACGUGUGGAGGAGCUAACAAACCGGUUGGGCCUGGAAAAGAAAUUAAGGACAGAUCUGGAGAAGUCCAAAGUAGCAGAAGUUUCUAAAUUGCAGGCCGCUCUUAAUGAAAUGGAACAGCGAAUGCAAGACGUCACAGCAAUGCAGGAAAGAGAAUCAGCUAAAAAGGCUGUUGAGGAAGCUCUUGAGCAAGAAAGAGAAAAGAUCAGUUCAUUGACUUCUGAAAUCGAAGGACUCAAGGCGCUUCUAGUAGCAGAACAAGAGGAAAAUGAUUUAACUAAGAAAGCACAUGCUAAUGCUCAAGAAAGAAAUGAAGAAUUGAGCAAGGAAGUCGAGGAUGCAGAUGGAAAAAUCAAGCAGCUUAGCGAUACUGUGCAGAGACUAGAGGAGACUAUACAAGAAAGGGAGGCCCUUUUGCUAGCAGAAAGACAGGAAAAGGAAGAAGCUAGUGCCGUAAUAGCUGAAUCUCAAGCAAGAAAUGAAGCAUUUGCAAGCAAGCUUGAAGAUGCUGAGAAACAAAUCGAUCUGCUUCAGGAAACAGUUCAAAGAUUUGAGGAGGCCAUUACAAAAUUACAAUCUUCAGUGACUAUUGAAAAGCAACAACAUGAGGAAACUGUGGUACAAUUAGCUGAAGCACAAGCUAAAAUUGAUGAACUUCUGAGAGAAGCUGGGGAUACUGAUGAAAAAUCUACUCAACUUGAGACUACUAUACAAAGGCUUGAAGAAAGUUUAACAGAGAAGGAUGCUUUAUUGACUACAGAAAGGCAAGAAACUGAAGCAACUAAGAAAUUACUAAGCGAAGCACAGUAUAAAAAUGAGGAACUACUCAAAAAAAUUGAAGAUGCUGAUAAAAGCAUUGCUCACUAUCACGACACCACCCAAAGACUUGAGGAAAAUGUGACAGCAGUAGAGAAUUCAUUGAAAGCUGAGAGACAGCAUAAUGGUGCAAUCAUGAAACAACUAGCUGAUGCUCAGGUAGAAAUUGGGGAGCUACAAAGAAACCUUGAAGAUGCUGAUAGGAGAAACAAUCAGCUUCAAGAUUCUUUACAGAGACUUGUCGAAGAUGCUACCACAAGUGAGGCUUUAUUGGUAGCUGAAAGGCAAGAAAAUGAAGUGACCAAAAAAACACUAACUGAAGCUCUGGAUCAAAUUGAGGAAUUAGUUAAGGAGGUCGAGUGUGCUAAAAACAGUGUGUAUCAGCUUCAAGAUAACAUCCAAAGACUUGAACAAAAUGCAUCUGCAAGAGAGGCAGAUCUGCUAACAGAGCGUCAGGAAAAGGAGACAACAUCCAAAGCACUAGCAGAGGCGCAAGCAAAGAUUGAAGGAUUACUGGAGGAAAUUUCUUCUGCUAAUAAAAAAACCGACCUACUUCAAAAAACUAUAGAAAGGUUAGAAGAGGGGGCAACAACAACAGAUGCUCUCUACUUAACAGAAAGACAAGAGCAUGAUCAAACCAAGAAAGCAUUUUCUGAAGCUCAAGAAAUAAAUCAACAAUUAUAUAGGAAAAUUGAAGAAGCUGAGAAAAACAUAGAACAGCUUCGGGAAAAUGUGGAAAGACUUGAAAAAGAUGCAACAGCAAGAGAUUCUUUGCUGCUUAUGACAAAGCAAAGCCAUGAUGACACCAUAAAAGAGCUACUUGAAGUUCAGGAGAGAAACCUGGAGUUAAUGAACGGAGUAGAGGAUUCAAAUAAGAAAAUUAUGCUGCUUGAGGAUUCAGUAAAAAGACUUGAAGAAAGAAUAGCGUACAUAGAUUCCUUAUUGGCCAUAGAAAGACGUGAAAACAACGAGACCAAGAAAGAAUUAGCUGAUGCUCAGAAAGAGAUUGAGGAAUUACUGGAUGAAAUGCAAGACAAUGUUGCAAGUAUAGCAGAACAUGAGGACACAAUUAGGAGACUAGAGGAAAAUGUGGGAGCAAAGGAGUCUUUGUUGCUAACUGAAAGGGAACAGAAUGCUUCAACCUUAAAAUUGCUUGCUGAAGCACAUUUGGAAAUUGAUGAAUUAAUAAGGAAACUUGAAGACUCAGAUAGAAAAUCUGAUAGCCUUCAGAGUACCAUAAAAAGGCUUGAAGAAGAUGGGAUUGCCAAGGAGGCUUUACUAUUAACAGAAAAGCAAGCACAUGAGGCAACAAGGAUGACUCUCACUGAAGCUUUGGAAAAAAAUGAGGAACUCCUCAAGAAAAUUCAUGAUGAUGAUAAACAUAUACUUGAGCUUCAGUUUACUAUACAGAGGCUUGAAGAAAAUACAGCUGCAAAAGAGAACUUGUUGUUGAGAGAAAGGGAACAAAAUGAUGCAACAACAAAGGCUCAGAUUGAGAGUCAAGAAAGAAAUGAACAAUUACUAAAGAGAUUUGUGGAUGUUGACAGGAAAAUUGAUCUUCUUCAAGAUACCAUAGAAAGGAUCGGAGAAAAUUCAACGAUAAAGGAUGCUUUGUUGCUAUCAGAGAGACAAGAGAAGGAUGCAAUUAAGAAAGAACUUGUUGAAGCUGGAGAGAGAAAUGAAGAGUUAAUAAUGAAAAUUGAAGACACUGAUAAAAAAAUCGAACAUCUUCAGAAUGCCAUAAUCAAGCUUGAAGGAGAUAUAGAAGCAAAAGAUAUUUCUUUGGAAGCUGCAAGGGAAGAAAACGACACAAUCAGGAAAUCUCUUGCUGAAGCUCAAGAGAAAAAUGAAGAGUUACUCAGGAAAAUUAGUGAUAAUGAAUACAGGAUCCACCUACUCCAAGACACAGCACAAAAGCUUCAAGUUGAUGCCAUUUCAAGAUUGUCUUCCUUUGUUAUGGAAAAACAAGAAAGUGAUGCGGCCAAGAGAGCUCUUACUGAAGCUCGUGAAAGAAACGAAGAUCUACUGAAGAGAAAUGAGGACCUCCUCAAACGGAAUGAUGACUUGAUUAAGAAAAUUGAAGAGUCUAGCAAAACUAUUACUCAACUUCAAGAGACCUUACAAAGGUUGGAAGGAAAAUCAACGAACUUAGAAGCUGAGAACCAAGUUCUCCGUCAACAAGCAACUGCAACUCCACCAUCAACAGCCAAAUCUUCAGCUUCACGCUCAAAGAUCACUAGGAUUCAUAGAAGCCCAGAGAAUGGACAUAUCUUGAAUGGUGACACAAGACAAGCUGAAAUAAAGCCCUCAACUGGCACAUCAGAAACGAUACCUUCAAUAGGCAAUCCUCCUGACUUGAAUAAUGAAAAACAUGUUGAACAAGGAGAGAAACUACAAAAAGUACUUAAUCAGAAAUACCAGUCUCCUCAGAGUCAGCAGCCUCAGGACGAUCAGCAGUGGUUACUCACUUGCAUUUCACAAUAUCUUGGAUUUUUCGGGAGCAAGCCUGUUGCUGCGCUUCUUAUAUAUCAAUGUCUCUCUCAUUGGAGAUCAUUUGAAGCAAUGAAGACUGGUGUCUUUGACAGCAUCCUACAGGCUAUAAAUUCAGCAACCGAGGCCCAAAAUGAUACAAGAGCAUUGGCCUAUUGGUUAUCCAACUUGUCUACAUUAACAGUUCUCCUCCAGCGAUCAUUCAAAACUACUAGGACAGCAAUCUCAACCCCACAAAGGCGAAGAUUUUCAUCUGAGAGGAUCUUUCAUGCAAGUCAAACUUCAAAUGCUGGGCUUGCUUAUCUCAGUGGCCAACCAGUUGUUGGAGCUGCUGGAUUACCCCAAGUUGAGGCAAAAUAUCCAGCUUUGCUCUUCAAGCAACAGCUUGUGGAUCUAAUUGAGAAGGUUUAUGGUAUGAUAAGUGACAGUGUGAAGAAGGAACUAAAUCCAUUGCUUGAAUUGUGUAUCCAGGAUCCACGAACUUCUCACAGUCCAGCAAAAGGACAUGCGAAUGGCUUGGGGCAAAAAAAUCAGCUUGGACAUUGGUUGGCCAUUGUAAAGGUCCUCACCAACUAUUUGGAUGUUCUAAGGGCAAACCAUGUUCCAUCAAUUUUGGUGCACAAGCUAUUCACACAGAUAUUUUCGCUGAUUGAUGUUCAACUAUUUAACAGACUCCUUUUGCGGCGGGAGUGUUGUUCAUUUAGCAAUGGGGAAUAUGUGAAAGUUGGACUAGCUGAACUAAAACAUUGGUCAGACAAUGCUACUCGAGAGUUUGCAGGUUCAGCCUGGGAUGCACUGAAGCAUAUCAGACAGGCUGUUGAUUUCUUGGUGAUUUCCCUCAAACCAAUGAGGACACUGAAAGAGAUACGCACUGAUGUGUGCCCUGCACUCAGCAUACAACAGCUUGAGCGCAUAGUUAGUAUGUACUGGGAUGACAUCAAUGGUUCAAACGCUAUCUCAGCAGAGUUCACAUCAAGCUUGAAAAGUGCAGUACGCGAGGAAUCAAAUACAGUCACAACCUUUUCCAUACUGCUAGAUGAUGAUUCAUGCAUACCUUUUUCACUUGAUGAUAUUGCAAAGACAAUGCCAAUCAUUGAGGUGGCUGAAGAUGAUUUGCUACCUUUUGUUCGUGAAAACCCAAGCUUUGCGUUUUUAUUGCAAAGGGGGAACAGUUAACUUUUCUCACCAUGGAGCCUUGCAAGUUGUGGAUAAAUCAGUUGUUCCUAUCCGUAGGAUAGGGUGUACAGUUCGCAUAAUUCAUUUUUAUACCAGAUAGCAGGCCAUUGAAGAGUAGAUUGCUAGGGGAGGUUAUAGGUUUCUGAUUUUUAUUGAUUGGUUCGUUGGUUGUAUAUUUGUGUUCACUUUUUCCUUGCAUUGUUUCUUUGCAAUUCUUUUUGGGCUUGUAUACUAAGGGGCCAAGGGGCAAAACGCCUUUGUGUAAGCAUAGAGCUUAGGAGGUUUUGCUAUAAUUAGUGAAGCUGUACAUGUGUUGUAAAUGAUUAAAGAAAAUGAAUCGCAUCGCUCUGCUGGUAUAGAAUAAUGGUUGUGGUUGGCUGGUUUUUUAAAGAUA